AUGUCCAACAGCAGCUCCAUCACUGAGUUCCUCCUCCUGGCAUUCGCAGACACACGGGAGCUGCAGCUCUUGCACUUCGGGCUCUUCCUGGGCAUCUACCUGGCUGCCCUCCUGGGCAACGGCCUCAUCAUCACCACCAUCGCCUGUGACCACCGCCUCCACACCCCCAUGUACUUCUUCCUCCUCAACCUCUCUGUUCUUGACCUGGGCUCCAUCUCCACCAUUCUCCCCAAAGCCAUGGCCAAUUCCCUCUGGGACACCAAGGCCAUCUCCUACUCAGAUUGUGUUGCCCAGGUCUUUCUGUAUCUCUUAUGGAUUGCAGGAGAGUAUUUUCUUCUCACCGUCAUGUCCUAUGACCGCUACGUGGCCAUCUGCAAACCCCUGCACUACGGGACCCUCCUGGGCAGCAGAGCUUGUGUCCACAUGGCAGCAGCUGCCUGGGGCAGUGGGUUUCUCACUGCUCUCCUGCACACGGCCAAUACAUUUUUGGUACCACUUUGCCAAGGCAAUGGUAUAAACCAGUAUUUCUGUGAAAUCCCCCAGAUCCUCAAGCUCUCCUGCUCAGACUCCUACCUCAGGGAAGUCAGGCUUACCAUGUUUUCUGCCUUUUUUGCGCUUGGUUGUUUUGUGUUCAUCUUACUAUCCUAUGUGCAGAUCUUCAGGGUCGUGCUGAGGAUCCCCUCUGAGCAGGGACGGCACAAAGCCUUUUCCACGUGCCUCCCUCACCUGGCCGUGGUCUCCCUGUUUCUCAGCACUGCCAUCUUUGCAGGGCUCAAGCCCCGCUCCGUCACCUCCCAAUCCCUGGAUCUGGUGGUGACUGUUCUGUACACACUGUUGCCUCCAGUAGUGAACCCCCUCAUCUACAGCAUGAGGAACAAGGAGCUCAAGGAGGCCAUCAGGAAGGUGAUUUCAGGGGCGCUUUUCAGUAAUUAA